AUGGACCGACCAAGUGACGAUGAUGAAGAUGUGGAGUUGGACCUCGACCUCCUAGCGAUCAACGAGGACGACGUGCGUCAAACCGUCUACAAGCAGACUGGCAAGCGCAAGAGUGAAGCAAGACCCGGCAUGUCACGUUCAGCUCGCCCUCGAACUGGGUUGGAACAAGCAAGUGCGCCGGAACACGUCUCCAACCGUCACCAGAAACGACGAUCAAGUGCUCCAGAAACGAUGUCUGAUGACGAAGAAGAUGCAAGCGUCUACGAUCAAGAUGACGACUCGACGCCUCCAACAUUUUGGCGUGCAAGUGCAAACGCAGUGGAAGCAACGGACCUAGCAGAACCUGUGACUUUUCAAGACGCGAUCAAUGGUCCUGAUCAAACUCACUGGCGAAAUGCUGUGAAGGCGGAACUCAAGUCGAUGCAUCUUCGUGGAGUUUUCCGUGCGGCAAAACUGCCAAGAGGCCAAGGCGCGAUAGGCACCAAGUGGGUGUUCAAGAUCAAGCGCAAAGCGGAUGGAUCGGUCGAGAAAUACAAGGCGCGUCUCGUUGCCAAGGGCUUCAAGCAGAAGUACGGCAUCGACUACACAGAGACGUUCUCGCCCGUGGUCAAGUACGUGACACUGCGUAUGGUGAUCGCGAUCACCAAGUAUUUCGACUGGCCACUGGACCAACUCGAUGUGGUGACAGCCUUUCUCUACGGAGUGAUGAAGGAGAAGGUGUACUGUGUGAUACCAGAAGGCGUCGAGAUGGAUGGCGACUUCGACUGUCUCGAGUUGGUGAAGGCGAUCUACGGUCUCAAGCAAGCUUCACGUGUGUGGAACGAGACUUUCGACGAGUUCGUAUGCUUUAUCGGUUUCAAAGUGUCGGCGUUCGACCCAUGUCUCUACAUCAAGGUUGUCGACGGUCACUGUGUGCUCGUGCUGGUCUACGUGGAUGACGUGUUGGUCACCGGCAGCUCGCUCGAGUUGAUUGCGCAGACGAAGGCCGACCUCAAGACGCGUUUCGAGAUGACCGACAGUGGCAAGUGUACUUUUGUACUGGGCAUCGAACUGGUGGACGAAUCGGAUGGCAGCGUGACGAUGUGCCAGCGACGGUAUGUUAACGACAUCCUCAAGCGCUUCGGCAUGGAUGAGUGCAAGGCCACAGCAAGUCCGGUCGACUUGAGCACUCGGCUUGUCGCAAGCAGCGAAGCGGCCAAGAUCGACGUUCCGUUUCGUGAAGCUGUGGGAGCUUUGAUGCACUUGACGACCGCGACGCGCCCGGACAUUGCGUAUGCUGUGGGGUACGUCUCGCGCUUCAUGGAGAAUCCGCAGCAAGAACAUUGGACGGCGGUGAAGCGCAUCUUUCGUUACUUGCAAGGGACCAAGUCGCACGGACUCCGCUUCCAGCCAAGCGACAAGAUCGACUUUCGUGGCUACUCGGACGCGGACUGGGCCGGCGACCACGCUGAUCGCAAGUCGACUUCGGGUUACACUUUCAUGCUGAUGGGUGCUCCUGUGAGUUGGGGAAGCAAGAAGCAGCCAAGUGUGUCGCUGUCGACGAGUGAAGCGGAAUACAUCGCACUGAGUCUGGCCAUCCAGGAAGGCAAGUGGGUGCAUCGCCUGCUAUGCGAGAUUUUGGCGGCCGCAAACGAACCAGGACCGGACCUCGUCAUCCGUGAAGACAACCAGUCGUGCAUCAAGAUGACGAAGAAUCCGGUGAAUCAUGGCCGCGCCAAGCACAUCGACAUCAAGUACCAUCACAUCCGUGAUGAGGUCAAUCGCGGUGAAGUGAAGCUCGAGUAUUGCGAGACUUCCGUGAUGAUGGCGGACAUCAUGACCAAGGGACUUUCGGGACCUCGUCACAAGGACUUGACGACGGCUCUCGGCAUUCGUGCGAGUUCGGAUUGA